AUGGCCCUGAGCAAAUACCUUACCUGUGUCAUCUUCGUCAUCUUGUCUGCGGCCUUGAUAUUCAACCAUGGAAGCUCGGCGUUUCCUUUGAAUAGCAUGCAAACGCCCGAUGUAGUGAAGCGUGACGAUAUUUCUGGAUUAACGAGCCCUGACACGCUCAUGAAACCUGACGAAGAGGUUAAAGAUGAACCCGAUGCCACCGAAGAGUCGGAUUCGGUAGCCCACCUUGGUCACCAUCAUCAUCAUCACCACCACCAUCACCACCACCAUCACAAGCAUGACCAUGACCAUUGCUAGAGCCAUCAUAUGAUCCGGAAGAUACAGAUGUCGAUUCAGACGCUUCAUAUUCUUGAAAUGUAGUAAACAGUUUGAAAUAGCAGCCGCUCUUUAGUCAAUCACCCCUGUUAUCUUAUCCUACUUACCUUAUUCCAAUGUUUGUCUGUGUCGUAAACGAAAAGAUUUACUCAACGUGAUCUCCUUCUUAUAAUAUUCUUGAAUAGUUGAAACCUAUCAUUUCAUUUUUGUUGCUUUUCCAAUCCAAACUACCACGUAAUGGUAGUAGAUACAGUUUCUGAUGUAGAAGUUGAAGCCCUUCAAGCUUUGUUAUCAAGAUAAUCGAAAAUUAUGUUGAGAUGCAUACAUACUGAGACGAUUCUCAAGCAAGAGGUAGCAAGAAAUGAGAGUGCUAAACAU